AUGUAAUACUUGGUGAGAAAAAUUAAUACAAAAUUACACAAAAGAGUCCGACAAUUCUUUUACCAAGACGACACAAUUCAAAUUGAUGAAUUAUAAGUUACCCAAGCUUAAAUUGCAGAAAUGGAAUAAAUUAUAUCUCCUAAAGAUAUUAUCCUUGACUUUUCAAAAAGCUAUUUCCACUAGAUUAAACAGAACCUUGAAUCAGCUUCUACUACAAGCUCUAUAUUCUAUUGUUUUUUGAGUCUAAAGAAAAUAAUUGAAAUUCCUAACAAUCCUAGCAAUGAUAAAAAUUUACUAGAAUCAGAUGAAACUAUUAUAAAGGAAUCCAUUGAAGUUAUCUGUGAAAGUCAAAUAGAAAAAGAUUGCCCUUAGUAUUCUUAAGAAUUUGGUACUCAAAAUAAGUCAUUUCAAGCUAAAUGCGAAUAGCAGACUUAAUUAUUUGAAGCAAUUCACUUUUUUGUCUCAGCUAUUCAAGAGAGACUGUCUCUGGAUCCUGAUUUCAUGCAAAAUAUUACCUUAGCAAAACCUAUGCUCUACGAUAUUACUUAGAUUUAUUUAGUUUAUUAUUUACGUCUUUGUAGAAUUCAUAUCGAAGGGAACUCACAUAAAUUUUUCUCAGAAUAUUACCAAAGAGGAUAAACUCUAUUCAGAUUAGCAUGUAGUCAUUUUAAUUAAUAUCAAACUCAGAACCUCUUAAAUCUACUUUACAAUUUUAGAACAGUAACAAUUUUAGCCAUCAUUCUCUCAAAUAAAUUAGAAUACAUAUAUAUAGUAAUACAUGAUUUCUUAAACUAUCACUACUCGAAUUUGGAAAAUAUGGAGGUACUCUUUAAAUUUGAAUAAACGCUUAAAAGUACAAUUUUUGAAUAUUGCUUAAGUGUUUCAAAUCAAAAUAUGUUCCAACAAUUACUUUAAUAAAUUUUAGCUUUGGAUAAAAAGUUUGUCAACAAUUGUUACAUCCUAGAAUUGAAAUGGUUGUUGUUUUCUAGGUGUCUUUCAUCGGAUAUUUUGGAUGAAAUGCAAAGAUCACUUAUCGAAAUUGAUAUUCUCAAUUCAAUGUAUUGGAAAGAUUAAUUAUUAUAACUUAUUCAAUUGGGUUCAAAAAGAAUCCUAUUUUUCUUUAUUAGCCUAGAAAAAUUUGAAAAUUCUAAUAAUAUUAUAAGAAAAUGGUAGGAGAUAAUUAUAGACAUAAUCAAAUCUUGUUUUAAGAUUGAACCUAAUUAAUAAAUGGAAGAAGGUUUCAUUGAACAACUCUUUAAAUUUAUUUUGAAUUCCUUAGAACAUAUUUUGAAAUAUAACCAAAAGAAGAAUAAAAGAUCAAAUAAAUUAUUGUAAUUAUUGGAAGAAUCCAUUAACCAUCCCUUAGCUCAAUAAAAUAGAUUUUAGAAAAAACUAUUAGACAUUCUUAUCCUUAGUGAUUUAGCAUGUUAUGGUGAUAACAUUUAAAAUUAUAUCUUCAAUUUUGUUUCUCCAUCAUCAUUUACUUUUGAUCCCAUCAAUACAGCAAAAUAUAUUUUGAUCUGCAAUUAAAAUGCCUGCAGAUAGAAAAUAAUAAAUCAUAUUUAUUAUUCAAUUGUUAAAUAUAAAAAAAUGAGUACAAUGGAUCCAAGAACAAAUUUAUGUCAAGUAAUUCAAUAGCUACAUUAAAUGAUUGUUUACUUUGAAAAGGAGAUGACUCAAAAUAAAAAUGACAAGUUUUUAUCUUAAUAGAUAAGAUUUGCGUUGAGAUCAAUUCUUACGAUUUUUGUAAUUAGUGACGAACCGAUUUAAUAAGACAAUACAAAUUCUUUACUUACUUAACAUCCACUUUUAUUUUUAGAGAAAUCCUUUUAGGAAAUUGCAGUAAAUUUUGAUGCUCCUUCAAGAAAUACUUUUGAUCUUUCUUGUGCUUUGCAUAUCUCAUAAUAUUUGAAGAAAGUCUUAGAUUUGGCAAAUUCAAUGGAAAAUUGCGAAUUAGAAGAUUUAUACGACAUUUUAACAUGCCAACUCAAAAUAAUCUAAGCAAUAUAAAAGUUUUUGUUACUGGAUAACGAUAUAAUAGCACUAAAUCAAUUCUUCGACAAUAUUGAUUAGCCUCUGUAUAAGUUUAUGGUUAAGGUCUUAAUAUAACGCCUUUCAGCAAGUCAGAUGAAGUUUGUUUUUGAAAAUAUGAUCAUCUUAGUUUUUCAAGAACGUGCUACAAAAAAUAUGAGUAGCAUAAAUGAAAGUAUCCACGAAUACUUCAAUUAUCGGUUAAUGAAAAUAUUUCUAAGUGUCAUGUUUGAAUGCAGAUUACCAUCUGAAUAUAAAGAUUAAAUUGUGAAUAGAAUUUUUGAACUUGUCAAUUAUAAUACCCUUUAAUUUUCAUCAAUAGUGAACAAAAUGAUAUUACUCCUAGCUAUAGAAAACAAUCAAUAAUAAAAUUAAAUACGAAAUUAAAUGAUUGAAAUUAUUAAGUUAAUUUGUGGAACAAGCUUCUCUAAUAUAUAAUUAAAGUUCCUCUUAAGACUAUGUUUUGGAGGCUCUAAUAAAUUGUUAAUAUUCCGCAAUGAAAUACCUGAUUAUCAAUAAAGCUAAUAACUAGCAGAUUCAGUCUUUGAAAAUGGCGGCGAUCUCAUUAACAUAUUUUUUGAGCCAUAACUGGACCUUGUGCAUAAAUAUAGUUUUAAAUAAGGGUUAUCAGAUUUUCUAUCUAUAUUCAACAGUCUAUUUGAAAAUAAAGAUUCAUAUAUACUUUUUAAAGAUUUUAAUUCCUAUAUUAAUUUACCAGUUCAAUUCCAUGUUUCCAAAGGAUUUACAAUCUAUUUUGAAAUCUAAUUUAUCCCUCAAGGAUUCUAAGAAGUUCAUGGAUUUUAGGAGUCAUAGGAAAUAAUUAUUCCUUAAGAACCGAGGCAACAAUACUAUGAAAUUGUGACUUUGUAUUCAGAAAAGAUUUACAACAAAAUAAGUGGAGUUAAAAUUGUAAUAUCUCAGAAAUGUGUUUAGAUAAGAUAAUUUAAAUUUGUAAAUAAACAGGAAGUUUUAGUUACAGUUUUCUAAAAUUAUGAAAUCAAUGUACCAGAAUCAUCUGAAUCACACAAAUAUAAUUACUAAAUAAAUUACAAAAAUGGAUAAUUUGCAGUUAUUGUUAAUGGCAAAUUAUGCAGAAGUGAGUAAAAAAAACUAAUGGAAAUUAAUCAGAUCGUCUAAAUUGAUUUAGGUAAAAGUAUGGAAUCAACAUCGACUCUUAGUUAUAUCUUUGCAACUCAAUAGUUUGAUUAUGAGACUAAUGUCUUUACAGGGAAAAUGUUCAAUUUCAUUCUGACUGAUCAAGUACAAAAUGAACCCAUUCUUGAAUAACAAGUUAAAACUAAGUAAUUAAUUAAAUUUUCUAAAUUUACUAAAGUGGUUAAUCCUUUCUUAUUGAUGGGUAUGGUUGUACAAGAUCUAUUUGAAAUCAAUGAUACUAUUUAACUUAAAGAAAUUGAGUCGCAUAAUAAUCAAAUUAAUUCUAUCUCUUAUAAACAAAUAUCUAAUGUGAGAGAUAUUUUUAAACAUUGUAAUAUUCAAACUUUGAUCUUACAUGUAUUUCAAGAAAUUUUGAAUUAACUAAAUUUGAAAGAAUGUUAGAGUGAAAUUUCAGAUUUAUUAAAUAUUUUAUUGAAUAAGAUUAUUUUAUAGGAUGAGGAAACAAUGAAAAUAUUUUUUAAAGAGGAGAUUAAUACUUUUAAAUAGAUACUCAAAUAAUUGACUCCGAAAGUAAAAAUUGAAAACUUCCUUUAAAUUUUAGACAAUUUCAAUGAAAAAUUAUGUGAAUCCUAUUAACAAUAUUACUAAAAAUUCACUAAUGAAGUAAUUUAUAAUUUUUAAUUUUUUGAAUAAUUCAUAGAUGAUGACGUCAUAUUAAAUAACUAUUUUAUGAAAACACUGUAAUAAUAUAAAAUUCCAUUCGAAAAUGUAAUAGAACAAAUAAAGAAAAAUUCAAGCCUCUAGAUUUUAAAAACAAAAUAAUUUUUUUAAUUUUUGGAAUCUUACAUAAUUUAACCUUUUUAUUAAAAUGUCAAAAUCAAACAUGAAAACCUAUUUUAUAAAUUUGUCAAUGACAUACAACAAUUCGCUAGGCUUUUUGAAGACCAAGAUUUGAGUUCCGAUUAUCUUAAAAUUAUUAAGUAAUAUUUAAAGGAAAUAAGUUUAAAGUUUUAGUAAGCUUUGAGAUCAAGCUUAAAUAAAUACUCUUAAAAUACGUUAAUAAUAAGGGCAAAGAAUGAUAUUUUGUAUCUUUCUGCUUUAUUGAAUGCAUGUAAAACGAAAAUAGAUUAAAAUAAAGAUAAUAAUUCUGAAUAGGGGAACUUCAUUAGCUUAUUAAUUCUUAUUGAGGAUUAUCAUCAAGAAAACCUCCAAUAUAAUCCGAUAAUUGUAAACUCACUUUACAGUGAAAUAUUGCACUUUAGAGAUUUUCUUAGAAUAAGUCAAGAGACGAUUUAUUAAAUAAUCAAAGAAAUUAAAAAUAUAAAUUCCCUCUGCACAAUUAUAAAUGUACUUGCAUUUCUUUUGCAUGAUGAUUUCUAGAUACUUGAAAACAAUUGUAAACCUUCCAUAAUCGAUUAUAUAAGUCAAAAGUUAAAAUAUUAGCAAUAUGAUCUUCUUGAAAUCUCAAACAAUACUAAGUUAGAAUUACUUUUUGACUCCUUGUGUUAUAAGGAUCUUGCAAAUACUUCGCAGGAGGUUUAUUUAAAUCUCCUAAAAUAAAAAAUAAACUCUUAACAUCUGAAUUCAAUUGAUUUAGGUAGAUUAAUAAAAAUAUAUUCACAAACACCUGAAAUAUUUUCUAGAUUAUUAAAGUUCAUUUAAAAUUGCCUACAAAUUGAAAAGGUGCUAAAUUAGGUCAUAAUAUUGGCAAACCUUAUCAAAAUGUUGAAUAUCAUAAAAAAAGAUUGCUUUGCAAAAGAUCAAACGAUUGAAUAUAAAAAAUAAUGUUCGAGCUUAAUAGGUUUCUUUAUUGAAUUCUUUUAGUAGAAGAAUUUCUUCAAAUUCAAUUUAAAAAAAAAGUAUAAAGAGAAUUAGCCAAUAGAAAAUUAAUUAAGUUGUGGAGGGCUGUUUGGACUCUUCGCUGAAAUCUUCUGCUAAGCAUUAAAAAAUUAGUCAUAAGAAUAUGUAAUUGAUAACAUUUUAAGGCUAUUACAUGUCUAUAAAGAAGAGAUGAAUAAGAAAACGGAUGAUUCCUUGGUUCAGGAAUUAUAUGGCUUAUUCAAUUACAGCUAAGAUAAAAAUGGGAUUAAAUUUCCCAUUAUUGUGAAAAUUUUUAAAGAAAUUAAUGCAUCAGAUGCUCAAUUCAAAAAGAUAUAAGAGGCAAUUAUUUCAAUUUAAUAGUAAUAGGAAACUUAAUUUAAAGGGAAUCAUGAUAUUUUUAAUGCAAUGGAGGAUGAAUUUAAUAAUUAAAUUAAAAAGAUCGAAGAUUAUCACAAUAAAUUGGAAUAAAAAUAUGAAGAAUAUAAGAAGAAUAUACUAAUAUUCAAUGAGUAUAAUUCAUCAAAAAGUAUAAGUACAAAUACUACUUGUGAUAUGUCUUCAACUAUUAGUAGGAAAAAAGAGGAAGAAGAUUAAACCGAAUCGUCCGUUUAAUCUUAAAUUUCACAUCUGAAUUUAUAUAUUGAUUUUAAUCUUUGGAAUAAUUUCAGGAAUUUAACUUCAUUAAAAUAAUUUAUUAAAGGUCUCAAUAAAGAGAUUUUAGAAAAGUAGAAAAGCUAAACAAAAGAUUAUAAAAUUAAGUGGAAGCACUCAAAUCUUGUUGAUUAUGAAAAUAAAAUAAUUUUCAAAAAAUAUAUCUAUGCAAAAAAUUAAGCAGAUGAGUAAAAUUAUUUGAAUUCUUUCAAUCCUUAUUUUGAGUCUAGAAAAGUUAGUGAGACUUAAGAGAAGAAAGAAUGUAAAGAAAUUGAUGGGACUUUAAAGAAUAUUUUGGAGAAAUGUGAGGAAGUUAAAAUAACAAUUUUUUCAUCUGGUAUUAAAUUUUUUGAUCCAUUUAGCAAUGAGGAGAUUGUAAUAACGAGUUAGAAUUGUAAGGUGACUAUUAUGAAAUAUCAAAAUGAAGAGAAAAGUUUUUUGAUAAAAUAAUUUGAACAAUCUUAUCAAAGUUUUUUCUUUCUUAUAUUAGAAGAAUUUCAAUUCAAAUAAUUGAAGAAACAUUUUUAAAAUUUGGAUUUGUUAAAAACAAAAUCCAUCUCUGAUAUAAAGAAGAAUUUAACCCCAAAAUGGCAAUAAGGAUAAUUGUCAAAUUAUCAAUAUAUCUAUUUAGUAAAUUAGCAUUCAGACAGAAACUUAAUGGACAUAAACAAUUACUUUAUCUUUCCUUGGACAACUGUACACUUAAACAAUAGCUUUAUUAAGGUCAGUCGCUAAUUUUCUUAAAGUAUUUUUAGUCAAAAGCAGGCAAAAAAUCAAGGAUAUUUCUACUCAAAUGGAGAAUAAUUAAAAUAUUUUUUAUCUUAAGUUUAGGAGAGAGAUUCAGUAAACCAAACCCAAAUAUCAAAGUCAAUAGAAAAUUCAAUACAGGAAAUGAAAUUAGAAAGGAAAACAAAUUUAAUUAAGUUUAUGGAUGAAUUGCAAAGAUUAGGUGAAGCAAUGCCUGAAUUUUAUUCGAAUCCAUAGUUUUUUUCUGAUUGCAUAUUGCCAAAUUGGGUAUUAACCUAAACACCUGAAGAAUUCAUUUAUAUAAUGAGAGCUCAAUUAGAAUCAGGGUUGGUCCAAGAACUCUUGCCACUUUGGCUAGAUUUGGUAUUUGGAAUCAAAUCAACUUUAAUGGAAGUAUAAUAUUUAUUUUAGUUUUAGAGUUAAAAUAGCCAAGAGAGAAAUCUAAAUAGAGCUAUUAUGAAUAGUUAGGAUUAAGGUUAAUUCAUAAAGCAAUUUUUCACAGAAAAGCAUUUGCCUCGAAAAAUAUGUAUAAGUUAUCUUUAUACUAGUUCAUAAUUAUUUUGGAGACUAAGGUUAAAUAAAAAUGACUACAAGAAGGUUGCUUUACUAAGGGGAUGAUAAAAUAAUUUCGAGUUAUUAUUAUUCUUGUCACCAAUUUGUACUAAUUACAGAGAAAGGUACAGCAAUUAUUUUGGAUGUCAAUGAGUAAUUGUAUUUAAAAAUGUUUGUUGAAUCUGAUUGUUUGAUGAUCAAAUAAAAGAAAUAAUUAGAAACCAAAUCGCCAUUAACUCAUUAAUUAAUAUGCUUUGUGGAUUUUGAUUAUUAGAAUUUCCCAGAUAAAUAAGAAUCUCAGUCUCAUGUUAUAGAGAUUGAGAAAUUAAGUUUAUUUUAAAGUUGUACUAUAUUUUUCGUUCUUGGUGGAUAUAAUAAUGGAGAAUUCAGAUCAUACAAAGGGAACAGCUUAAAAUAUAAAUAAUAUAACACUUAAAAUAAUUCAAACAUCUAAUGCAUAAGAAUUUGCCAUGCAAGAUGUGUACUUAUAAUUGGACAAGAAGAUGGUGGUAUUUCAUUAUGGGAAAUUAACAAAGAGUACGAAAUUUCAGCCACACCUAUUCUUGUCAUAUCUACUCAUGUUUAUAGAAUCACUAAUAUUGAUUGUUCAGCUUCUUAAAUUUUGAGUGUAGAUUUGAUUAAUGAAGUGCAUAUACACUAUUACAAUGGCUAACUAAUUAAAAAGAUACAAUUAACUUGUUAUGGGAGCAUUACGUAUUGUUAGAUUAGUUACACGAUGAACUUGUACAUCUUUUUAAAUAGUUUCAACAAACUCAUGGCCUAUAAUCAUGAUGGGAAAAUAUUCAUCCACCCAAUAGAAAUCCCUUAAAAAAUUAAUAAUAUCAUACCUCUUACACCUUUUACAUCAGAAUUCAUAUAUACGACUGACAGUGGGCUUUAUUUUGAUGACAUUUUUAUAAUAAAAAUGAAAUAGGAUGGAGUAGUUAUUGAAAAAAAUCAGGAUAAGAAGAUAUAUGAUUAAAAUUUUGCAUUCAUUAAGGCUGUGCAGGGUAAAAAGUUGUUGCUGAGUGACAGGAGUGGGAACAAUAUCACUAGCACAUAAAUAAUAUUUUAAUAAAGUGAGUUUGCUUAAUUAAGAUUCCAGACAGUAGGGUGCGACAAUGGGAACUUUUGGUGCUUAUAUAAUGAUGAGGAAAGUAAUCAUUUAAAUUAUCAUUUUAUAGUCAUUCAAAAUUUUGAUAAAAAGUUAUAAAGAUCAGGUCUCAAAUGA